AUGCGGCUGUACGGCAUCCAAUAUCCCCGGGUCCUUCCCGCGGCGCUCGCAACCCUUGCCAUCACCAUCGGCAACGCUUUGCCUGAAGCACCAUGCAGAGCAUACCCCGGCAGCGCUGACUGGCCGUCCGCAGAAACCUGGGCCCGUCUCAAUGAGUCUCUUGGAGGGAGACUCCUGCGACCGACUCCUCCAGGAGCUGUCUGCCAUCCCGGACAACCCACCUACGAAGAGGACCGAUGCGCCGCCGUCACGGCCGGCUGGAGCUCUUACGAGCUCCACGUCGCCGACCCCGUCUCCGUCAUGUGGACAAACUUCAGCAAUGACACCUGCCUUCCUGACCCGGCUGAUGUGUGCAGCUCUGACGGAUACCCUGCGUUCGUCGUGAACGCCACCACGCCGGAGCACGUUAAGCUUGGCGUCGAUUUCGCGCGGGAGAACAAUGUGAGACUCGUUGUCAAGAGCACAGGUCACGAUUACCUCGGCAGAUCGAUUGCCCCUGGCUCCCUCUCAAUCUGGGUGCAUCAUAUGCAAGGCAUUGAAUACCACCCGAAUGAAUUCAAGCUUGCAGGCAGCAACACCACUAUUGCGGGCAACGCUGUGUCUGCCGGUGGCGGCACCGAGAUGGGCGAACUCCUCAAGGCCGCUGCUGAGCAUGGCCAGGUCGUGGUCGGCGGCACUGCCGAGUCGGUGAGCGUGGGCGGGUACGUUACCGGAGGCGGUCACUCGUUGCUUGCGCCCCGUUUCGGCUUGGCUGCCGAUAAUGUCCUUCAGAUGGAAGUCGUCACGCCUUCGGGCGAAAUUCUGACUCUCAACGAGGCGCAGAACAGCGCUCUGUUCUGGGCCAUGCGUGGUGGAGGCGGAUCAACAUUUGGUGUGAUCACGUCCGUCACCUUUGCAACGCAUCCUUCCCCACCAAUAUCCAACACGGCGUGGGCAAUGCUCACCGAGCCCAGGGCCUCUUAUCUCCCAGACCUCGCCGCAUACUUCCUGUCCCAAGCCCCGUCGCUCGGCAAGGCCGGACUCUCUGGCUAUGCCUUGAUCAACUCGCAUAUGCCGAAUCCUGUCAGCGCACCGGGUCUUCCGCCAAACGCAACCGGAAUCAUUGGCGUGUCCCUUCUCCAAGACGAUGCAGACUUUGACGAAGUGAAGAGACUCUGGACUUCAAUAAAUAAGACCAUCCAUGAACGUUGGCCCAAGGUAGCAUUCCUCAGCAUGAACACGCAGUACCCAACAUGGCAGGACUAUUACGACAAGAACCAUGACCAAAACAAGGGUGGGAUGAAUAAGUUGCUGGUGUCGCGACUUCUGGAUGAGGAGGCGUUGACGGGAGACUUGGACGCCCUGGCAGGCGCGGUGAAGACUAUGACAGACAACGUCGGAGGCAUGUACGCCUUCUUGGUCUCCGGUAAGGGGGUACAUGAUGCGAAGCCGAGGGGUGGUGGGAAUGCGGUGCAUCCGUCAUGGCGGAAAGCCUACAUCCAUGCUAGGUGGGCCUCGUUCAACACGACUUCCAAGGAAGACGCGGAGAAGAGGAUCUACGAUGCGGUCGAGGGUUUUCGUCAGCUUUCGCCAGAGAUGGGUUCCUACGUGAAUGAGGGUUUACAAUACGAGAGGGACUGGCAGAAAACCUUCUGGGGUGACAACUACGAGCGUCUCCUCGGCAUCAAGAAACUCGUCGACCCAGACGACACCUUUUGGUGUCAUCCAUGCGUUGGAAGCGAGGGGUGGACGGCGAGAAGCGACGGGCGGCUCUGUAAAGUCUGA